CAGGCUUGCUCCCUCUGCCACAGUCAGAGCCACCAUGGCCUGGAAGACCUGGGAGCUGCACCUGCUGCUUUUGCUGGGGCUGGGACUAAGGUCCCGGGGGGCCCUACCGCCRCCCUGUGAGAGCCAGAUUUACUGCCAUGGGGAACUCCUGCACCAAGUUCAGAUGGCCAGGCUCUUUCCAGACGACAAGCAGUUUGUGGACAUGUCGCUCUCCACAGCUCCAGACCAAGUCCUGCAGAGGUUCGGCGAGCUGGCUGAGGCCCACAACCACAGCAUCCCCAGGCAGCAGCUGCAGGAGUUCGUACAGCAACACUUCCAGGCUGUGGGGAAGGAGCUGCAGCCUUGGACCCCCGGGGACUGGAAAGAGAGUCCCCAGUUCCUGCAGAAGAUCUCGGAUGCCAAGCUUCGUGACUGGGCACRGCAGCUGAACCAGAUCUGGAAGAAGCUGGGGAAGCAGAUAAAGCCAGAGGUUCUCAGCCAACCUGAACGAUUCUCUUUGAUCUACUCAAAACACCCCUUCAUUGUGCCCGGCGGGCGCUUCGUUGAGUUCUACUACUGGGACUCCUACUGGGUAAUGGAGGGUCUGCUCCUCUCUGAGAUGACAGAGACUGUGAAAGGCAUGCUGCAGAACUUCCUGGACCUGGUGAAAACCUAUGGGCACAUCCCCAAUGGCGGGCGCGUGUACUAUUUGCAACGGAGUCAACCCCCGCUCCUGACCCUCAUGAUGGAUCGCUACGUGGCUCAUACCAACGACAUCACUUUCCUACGGGARAACAUCGAGACCCUCGCCUUGGAACUGAACUUCUGGACAGUGAAUAGGACCAUCUCUGUGUACUCAGGGGRAAAGAGCUAUAACCUGAAUCGCUAUUAUGUCCCUUUUGGGGGACCCAGGCCCGAGUCCUAUAGCAAAGACGCUGAGCUGGCAGAGACCCUGCCAGAAGGGGACCGAGAGGCUCUGUGGGCGGAGCUCAAGGCUGGGGCUGAGUCUGGCUGGGACUUCUCUUCUCGCUGGCUGGUUGGAGGCCCAAACCCCGACUUGCUCAGCAGCAUCCGAACGAGCAAAUUCGUGCCUGUUGAUCUGAAUGCCUUCCUGUGCCAGGCAGAGGGGCUGAUGAGCAACUUCUACUCCAGCCUGGGGAACCACUCCCAGGCUGAAAGGUACAGAAACUUGCGGGCCCAGCGCUUGGCCGCCCUCAAUGCCCUCCUGUGGGAYGAGCAGAAAGGCGCCUGGUUCGACUACGACACAGAGAAGGGCAAGAACCUGGAGUUUUACCCUUCCAACCUCACCCCGCUCUGGGCCGGCUGCUUCUCUGACCCUGCCACCGUGGACAAGGCUCUGAAAUACCUGGAGGACAGCCAGGUCCUGACCUACCAGCAUGGGAUUCCGACCUCUCUCCGGAACACAGGCCAGCAGUGGGAUUUCCCCAAUGCCUGGGCCCCCCUGCAGGAUCUGGUCAUCAGAGUCCUUCCCUCUGAGAGCUCUGAGCCACCCCYCUUCCUGUCCGGAACUCAACCCUGUAGGAUCCAGAGGACACCCUUUGGCUUCCUCUCCCAGGUGCUGGCUGUCCCUCUGGUCAUAGAUCCCCUGCAUCAUCCCUUCUGGCUCUAG